AUGACGAAAAUAAACAAAGACACUGGUCGCGCUGAAUACGCUUUCUUCAACAUACAGCUAUUCGAUAGUGCCUACUUCGGGGAUAUUGGUUGGAAUAGGGGGGAGGACGGCGAUGGUAGAGACGAGGAUGCAAAGGAAGCCUACCGAGCCCUGAUGACAUUGACUCUCAGAAAACCUGAUACCACUGAAUAUAACGACUUUGCCCGGGAGGUAAAACGCCGUGCACUUCGUGACUAUGGGUUCGACUACGACAAGGAAAAUGAAGACGUCAACAGCUUUGUUGGCGCGUUUCACGACGCGGUUAUUCUGUAUGCCCUGGCGUUAAACGAGACGUUGGAAGAAGGUGGUACUCCCCGUGAAGGCCACAUCAUCACUGGUAAGAUGUGGAAUCGAACGUUUGAAGGCAUCAGCGGAAAUGUGCGGAUUGACGAAAAUGGAGACAGGGACGCUGAUUACUCUCUUCUUGAAAUGACAGAUACCAUCAAUGGAACUUUCUCGGUUAUUGCUAACUAUUACGGAACCCGCAAGGUAUACGAACCCGUCGCUGGAGUUAAAAUCGACUGGCCCGGAUCUAUGCCUCCUGACGACGUACCAGUGUGUGGAUUUGAAGGAGAACUGUGCGUGGAGAAAGAGCCGCUGUCAUUGGCUGCCAUCAUCGCUAUUGUAUUUGGUAGCCUCAUAGCUCUUUUAGCCAUGAUAGCGUUUCUAUUAUACAGAAAAUACAAGUUGGAAGCAGCCUUGGCAGACAUGGCGUGGAAGAUACGAUGGGAAGAGAUCACCUUUAGCAGGAAUGAUAGGAGGAGAGGAAUUGGGGGAAGCCAUACUAGUCUAAUUUCUAGGGACUCACAACAAUCCGUAUGGGAUAUGAACCAGCAAGUUUUUACCAUAACGGGAAUGUAUAAGAGUAAUGUUGUGGCGAUCAAGAAAGUCAACAAAAGAAGAGUUGAAAUAAGUCGACAGAUACUGUUGGAAUUCAAACACAUGAGAGACGUGCAACAUGACCAUGUUACACGUUUCAUUGGCGCUUGCACUGACCCACCGAAUAUAUGCGUUGUGACAGAAUACUGCCCAAAAGGAAGCCUACAAGAUAUUUUAGAAAAUGACUCUAUCAAACUUGACUGGAUGUUCCGUUACUCCCUUGUAUAUGACCUCGUCAAAGGAAUGCAUUACAUACAUAGCAGCGACAUUAAUUCCCAUGGUAACCUAAAGUCGUCCAACUGUGUUGUGGAUAGCAGGUUUGUGUUGAAAGUUACUGAUUUUGGAAUGAAUCGGUUUCGACUAGACGACGAAGAUAAAGAUAUAGAAUUUGAAUCACAUCAAUACUACCAAAGAAAACUGUGGACUUGUCCUGAACUACUGCGCAUGACAGAACCACCACUUGGCGGUACACAGAAAGGAGAUGUUUACAGUUUUGGAAUAAUAUUACAGGAAGUCGUUCACAGAUGUGGACCAUUUUACGUAUCGCAUAUGGACCUCUCACCCAAAGAAAUAGUACAAAAGGUCAGAGCUAGCAAUAAACCGUAUUUUAGACCAAGCGUAGAUAAAUCCACCUGUCCGGAAGAGCUGUAUCCCGUAAUGGAGAAAUGCUGGUCACAGGACCAAGCUGAAAGACCAGAUUUCAACUCACUGAGGACCACAAUGAGAAAAAUAAACAAUCGAAGCGCAACUGGGAAUAUACUUGAUAACUUGCUUCAACGUAUGGAACAAUAUGCAAAUAAUCUCGAAAGUCUAGUUGAAGAAAGAACCGAGGCAUUCUACGAAGAAAAGCGAAGAGCCGAAGAGUUAUUAUAUCAAGUCUUGCCAAAACCCGUAGCUGAAAAGUUGAAGAGGGGAGAAGCUGUACAAGCUGAAGCCUUCGACAGUGUUACUAUAUUUUUCAGUGAUAUCGUGGGAUUCACAGCUCUUUCUGCCUCCAGUACUCCCAUGGAGGUUAUCGCUCUACUAAAUGAUCUAUACACAUGUUUUGAUGCAAUUAUUGACAACUUUCAUGUUUACAAGGUUGAGACAAUUGGUGACGCUUAUAUGGUUGUAUCGGGUCUUCCUAUUCGUAAUGGUGAUUACCAUGCUAGAGAGAUAGGGCGUAUGGCGCUCGCCCUUUUAGAAGCAGUCAAGACAUUCAAAAUUAGACAUAAACCAGAAGAGAAGUUGAAACUACGCAUUGGAAUACACUCAGGUAUGGUUUGUGCGGGUGUUGUUGGUCUCAAAAUGCCUCGCUAUUGUCUCUUUGGGGACACAGUGAACACUGCUUCUAGAAUGGAGUCAAACGGCCUACCUCUGAAAAUCCACCUUAGCAGGGAAACACACAAGAUAUUGAAAUCGUUCGGGUCAUUUUAUCUUACGUGCCGAGGCGAAAUCGAGAUGAAGGGCUGCUACAUACUUGCACUGGAAGAUUUUCAGACAUUACAAGAAAAGACAGCAGAAAACUGGUAUGAACACCAACCAGAUAGAGUAAAUGGGAAUAAGAAAUCCCGUAGGAUAUCCAAUAUAAACAGACGAAGAAAUGAAAGAAAGUGCCAACAAACCAAACAUAGUUACCAGGGACAAGAAAAAGAAGCCUUUAAUCAUUAG